AUGGCCAUACACUUCUUCAUUGCCACUGUUGCGAUGCAAAUGACACCGACAAAGGAUCAGCAGCCAUUGAGCAUGGCUGCACCACAGCAGAAAUCAUCACGGCCAGAGCGCAAGCGACCGGAUCACCCGCCCCAUGAAUCCACAACUCGGCAUCUCCUUAACGCGAGAAAAUGGACGGUACUCCAGACCUCUAUCGGCGGACGAAGUGUUAAGAAAUCUGCAAGUCUAGGCACAAAAUAUGAAAGGGGGAUGGUUUGCGAGUUCCAUCCUGACAGCUUUGCCGCACUACGUCGUGAAUAUUCUGUCUUAUCUAUUAUUUCUCAGAUCCCCUCCCCGAUCGGCCACCCUCGCAUCAUAAGUGCCGAUUUCGAAUCUGGUGUUCUUGUGCUAGCCUGCCCGAAGGUCUACUGGACGCCACUUUGGCGGCGUGUCAACGAGCCAGCCCUUGAUCUCGAUUCAUUACUUCAGAUGAAACGUGAAUUGCUCGACUAUAUCCAAUUAUUGUACCUCAAAGGUGUUGAAUAUAAAGUCAAACCGAACAAUCUGUUUCCUCUCAGAAAAUCGGCUGGCGGCUGGCUACUAUAUUUGGGUGGGUGGGUGGAGACGGAUUUUUGUUCCACACCAGGUCGAAUCCAAUCAGCCGAGUGGAAGGCGCAAGAGAAAGAGCAGUUGAAUGAGGUAGAGCGGAUGUUUACUGAACUCUGUGCUCGUGUGAAUGAAAGAGAUAAAGCGGUAUGUAAUGUGGCCAAACACGAUGAUCAAAGAUGA